UACAUGAUGCAAGUUUUACUAAUAAUUAAGUUGGAUUUCUACUCCUGCAUUGCAUGCUCGAGGAUUGACUUUCAUCUCAUCCUAAUGUAGUACUCAAUUGAUUCAGCUGAUGACGAACAGAUGCUAUUUUAAGCAAUGUUAGAAUUAUUGAGUAUGCCUCAUUAUCCAAUAUCACCUUUCAAACACAAUGAUGAGAUACAAUCUGAAUUAAAAAAUGAUAUGCUCAGAUUAAUUAGCCCUGUGGAUGAUUCAGAUGUUGAUGGAGUUCAGGUCAGAUUAAAAGUCUUGGCUUCAUGGCUCUGCAGUACUCCAAAAACGACCACAUUCAGGGUUAAUACAUUAUUAACAGAUAGCAAGACUGUCUUGCAGCAGAUCAAAAAGGAGCAGCAGUCCAGGCGUCCAUUUGAAAUUAAGGUAGUUCCUAAAUUUCCUGAAUUAAUCUCUGUUAGUUGCUGGGAUUCUUCCAUAGACCUUCAUUUACAAAAUCGGCACAAAGAAAUCAUUGUAGACUCAGUAUGUGGGACUGCAGUAUUAAGGGGUGCUCAUGUAUUUGCACCAGGUAUCAUGGGGAUUCACCAAGGUUUAAAGGUUGGAGACAGUGUAAGCGUCUAUGCAGAUUUGACUGGGGAUUGCAAAAAGGGUUACCUUAAACUUUAUGAGAACCCUUAUAAAGUUUUCCUCGGUAAUGGAAUUCUUAAAGUAACGAGAGAGGAUUUGUUUGGGGCUAAAGUAAAAAAUGUCAGUGGGAUCGGAGUUUUUAUGACGGACAUUAUUUCAAAUGUGCCAAAUCUGAGCGAUUCUGUAUUUCCAAAGGGUUCUGUACUACUCCAGAAUCUGCCAUCUAUGGUUUGCGCUCAUGUUUUAAAUCCACUACCUGAUCAAACCGUUCUAGACAUGUGUGCCGCUCCUGGAAACAAAACAACUCAUAUUGCUGCACUCAUGAAAGGCUCGGGAAGCAUUGUUGCCUUAGAAAAAAUAAGAUCCAAAGUAGAGCGAAUGAAAAUUCAAUGUGCAGCAUUUUCUGCUCUGAAUAUCCAGAUUUUCUGUUUUGAUUCGACAAAAGCACUGGGCAAGACAAAUGAAAAAUUAUUAUCUACUGGACCACCAUAUACCCAGGAAUCUUUUGAUCGUAUUUUACUGGAUGUUCCCUGCAGUGCUCUGGGGCAGAGACCACAGCUUAUUAACCCAAUCACCGUGGCUCAACUUAACUCUUACGUACCUUUGCAAAGAAAGCUAUUCUCUGUGGCUGUCGAUCUACUAAAGCCAGGUGGAGUUUUAGUGUACAGUACUUGUACGGUAACAGUUGGCGAGAAUGAGGGUAUUGUAUCUUGGGCAUUGAAGUCAUUUCCAUGUUUAGAAUUGGAACCAGUGAGAAAAACGUUGUACUCACUUGGUCUUCCAAACAUUGGUACUUCUGGAUAUAAAGUAGUUGGUUUAAACGCCGAGCAACUGAAAUACGUAUGCAGAUUUGGCCCUGAAAGUGAUACAGUAGGCUUUUUCAUAGCACGUUUUAUUAAAACAAAUAGAGAAAAAUAAAAAUGAUUACCAGAUGAAUCAUC